AUGUCUGAUGAACAGUCUUCGCCCCAGAACGGUACGCUGGUGGAUACGCACAUCACAGCUAUACUCAUGGGCGUUGUUCUCUGCGAAAUCCUAUCCUUCAUAUCCUUCGACCUACGCCUAGCAUCCUCCAUGUUCCAGAAGCGACACUUUCACCCAAUACCCAUCUCGUACCUCGUUUCUCGCUACACAAUGCUCCUCUUUAUCUCCGUUUUCUCGAUCCUGACCAUUCCAUCUGCCUACGGUACACGACGCGACGAAACCGCGCUCCACUGGCUUCGAUCAUUCAUGCUGCCACUGCUGUUCACCUCAACCUCUGCGAUCCUAGGUUUUCGUGCGGUCAUCCUGCACUUCUCCCGGCCAUUCCUGGUUACGAUUCUCGUCAACACCCUUCUCGCGGUCGAAUUCGUCAGCUCCUUAGCAGUGAUGAUUCUGUCGGUCUCCGAGUCACCAACCCCAACCUCAAGUUCCGGGGGCACUUCGAUCUCUGCAGCUUGGAUCUGCGCUCCUCUGCUGAUCGCACUCCUGAUCGACCUCAUCUUUACGCUGAUCGUCGUGAUCCCCAUCCUCGUUGGGACGAGGCAGAGAGGAGAGAUCAUCGGAAUGAUGUUGUCCGAUGCAAUCUUCUUCGGUGUCUUCAGCAUGGUGGUCAAGAUCAUCGCGAUUGGGUUGACGAUCCGCUUGGCAAGAGGUGGGACGAAUGCGUGGCUGCCGAUUUCGAUAGGGAAGCGGGAAUUUGGGCUGUAG